CUUCUUUUUCUUCCUCUUCCUCUCUCUCUCUCUCCGCCUCCGAUCUUCUGCUUAAUUUAAUCUACGAGUUUUCUCAUCACGGUUUCAAGGCGCCUUUCGAUCCUUGAUCAUACCCAAUUUUCAAUUUUUCGAAAGUACAACAAUUCGAAUCAAGCAAAAUUGGUAAACCCUAAAAGUCAUGUACAGCAAUUUCAAGGAACAAGCGAUCGAGUACGUGAAGCAAGCGGUUCAAGAGGACAAUGCUGGGAAUUACAAUAAAGCUUUCCCUUUGUAUAUGAACGCACUUGAGUACUUCAAAACCCAUCUCAAGUACGAGAAGAAUCCGAAGAUCAGAGAAGCAAUCACCCAGAAAUUCACCGAGUAUCUCCGCCGUGCGGAGGAGAUCCGUGCCGUUCUCGAUGAAGGUGGAUCGGGUCCGGGAUCUAACGGCGACGCAGCGGUCGCAACGAGGCCGAAGACUAAGCCGAAAGACGGAGGGGAAGGUGGUAAAGAUGGAGAGGAUCCGGAGCAAUCAAAGCUUCGAGCUGGGUUAAACUCUGCUAUCGUGAGGGAGAAGCCUAACAUUAAGUGGACAGAUGUUGCUGGGCUUGAAAGUGCCAAGCAAGCUUUGCAGGAAGCUGUGAUUUUGCCUGUAAAGUUUCCACAGUUCUUCACUGGAAAGAGGCGGCCAUGGCGAGCUUUCCUGCUGUAUGGGCCGCCUGGAACGGGAAAAUCGUACUUGGCCAAGGCUGUUGCUACUGAAGCAGACUCUACGUUUUUCAGCGUGUCUUCAUCAGACCUGGUCUCGAAGUGGAUGGGUGAAAGUGAGAAGCUUGUAUCAAACCUUUUUGAGAUGGCCCGUGAAAGUUCUCCGUCGAUUAUUUUCGUUGAUGAGAUAGAUUCUUUGUGCGGUACACGUGGAGAGGGAAAUGAGAGCGAAGCUUCAAGACGUAUCAAAACAGAGCUUCUUGUGCAGAUGCAGGGUGUUGGACACAGUGAUGAUAAAGUACUUGUUCUUGCAGCAACCAAUACACCUUAUGCUCUUGAUCAGGCUAUUAGACGACGUUUUGAUAAGCGUAUCUAUAUUCCUCUCCCAGAAGCCAAGGCUAGACAGCACAUGUUCAAAGUCCAUUUGGGAGACACGCCUCAUAAUUUAACUGAAGCUGAUUUUGAAUAUUUAGGGCUCAAGACAGAAGGGUUUUCUGGUUCAGAUGUGUCCGUUUGUGUAAAAGACGUUUUGUUCGAACCUGUGCGCAAAACCCAAGAUGCAAUGUUCUUCUUCAAGUCUCCUGAUGGUACAUGGAUGCCAUGUGGACCUAGGCAACCUGGAGCCAUCCAAACCACAAUGCAAGAUCUAGCAGCCAAAGGCCUUGGCGAAAAGAUUAUUCCACCACCGAUCACGAGAAACGAUUUCGAGAAAGUGCUUGCUAGACAAAGGCCAACAGUGAGCAAAUCUGACCUUGAUGUCCAUGAGAGAUUCACACAGGAGUUUGGAGAAGAAGGUUGACAGAUUUGUCAUUCUAUCCUCACUAUCAUUAGUCUCCUCUCUUUCUCCUUAUGUAUGUGUACUGAGAAGGAAACAAAUCUCAAACCCAUGUUUGAUUUGAUCCCAAAACAUUGCAUUUGCCUUAUUUCUCGAAAAUUUGUAAAAAAAAUGUUUUGAAUACUCCAACAAUGUUAUUCCCUUAUGUUACCAAAA